AUGCCUGCAGAGUCUUCUCCCGUUUCCCAACAUGCUACUGCGACCUCAACUUCCUCGUCCAUCUUUGUCGUACACAGACGUCUUGUCUGGCUCGUCUGUACGAGCAUCUCAUUGCUUAGCGCAAGACAUUUACUGGUGGAACAGAACCUACACUACCCGUUGCAACUAUACUUUGGCCAGCUUGUCAUCACUGCGUUUGUUGCAUUACAGCCGUGUUGGACAUGGCCAGAGACUCAAGAGCCGUUUCGCGAAAGGCCAGAGUCUCGAAGUUCCGCAACUUGGGGAACAAUCCUAUUCCUGACGUCGAUGUGUCUAACGGCUUUGUCAACCAUAUGCGCUCUGCAAGCGAUCUUGCACUUCCAAAAUCUACCAACUUUGAUCAUGAUGACGAUGAUAGCCUACUUCGCCGAAAGUCUAUUCUUCCUCUUCGCUCGCACCAUACCGCUCACGCCCGCUGAACUCAUUCGUAUAAGCCUGUUGUUAGUAGCUGGUGUUGGCCUUCUAUUCACUGAAUACCGACUCAGCGUGCCGGGCCUAGUAUCAUCGAUCCCGGCGAUGCUGCUGGCUGGAAUUGCCCGAGCUCUAUGGCAGAUUGCUGUUAGGAAUUACCCAGAGGCAAUUGUCGGCAACGUGACUUCUAGUGGUCGAUCGGUUGCGAUAGCAGCGCUAGUAGGCGUGGCCUGGAUAUUGGUAUUUCGGACAGGGUAUCCACAUUUUGAACUCGAUCUUGGGAGCGUCCCGUUAUUCGCUAUUCACAGCGUGUCCUCUGCCUUGGCGUUGAUAUUAGGGAAGUCGUUGUUGCUCCCUAUUGACGAAAGAGUCUUUGACACGGUCUUUCACAUUGACAGUGCUUAUGGGCGUCACGUCUAUGAUGCCCUGAUUCUUACAGCUUUUACGGGCAUUGUGGGCUGCUACUCAACACUAUCGUUACGCCGCUCGUACACGAACGUGUACCAAUUCUGCUGCUUUCUCCUGGCAAUGAUCUGUAUCAGCAGUAGAACUCACAACAGCGUUGCCGGUACUUUAAUACAGAGAUACCGCCUUGCCUGCAGCACAUAUAAUCUUGUAGAUGGCUCCUCGACGCCAUCCACGGAGGGCAGGAACACAAUGUUCAACAAAAUAUUGCGCAGAUACUCGCUUAGCAUCAGUGUGGCCUUGCUCUGGAUAGCAUAUCUGGGCUUCAACUUCACCGAGCGUUCAGAGUCUCACAAGUUCGCUGUCUUAGACAGAGACUACGGGGCAGCUUACCCUGUCGAGAUUGUAGUGAGUAUGUACCGAGAGCCAGUGAAUGAAGUUAGUAAGCUUCUUCAUAAUCUGAAGAGUAUACCAGCUCUUUCCGAUGCGCACUCUACGAUCUACAUCAAGAACGACAAGGCAGAUAUUGAGACCAUUCGGCAGCAAACAGGUGCCGAUCGCAUCGUAACUCUUCCGAAUAUCGGACGAGAGGGCGAAACAUUUCUCAACCACAUCCUUCGUCGAUGGGAUAGUCUUGCAAGGCAAACUGUCUUCCUGCAAGCGGAUAUUCACAACCCGCGGGAAUUCUACCCUCAUCUCAAGAACUACUACAGCCGUCAGCAGACUGGGUACCUCAGUCUAGGAUGGUCAGGUGCUGUCUGUAACUGUGCAGACUGCAGCGAUAGACUGUUCUGGCAAGACAAUACACACUUUGUUCCACAGAUUCACGGUCGGAUAGACAAUUCAACUAGCUGUAAGAACGUUCUCCUUAGCUAUAAGGGCCAAUUCAUCGUCUCUGCCGCACGUAUACGCGGUGUGGCUAAAGACGUGUACAACGACUUAUGGCAGGCCUUCGUUGAUGAGAAGAGCUGGGCGCAUCAAUCUCCAUACCUGCAAGGACGACCAGACUCGAUGAGUGCGCCGGAUUUUGGGUACACAAUGGAGAGGUUAUGGAAUCUGUUGUUUCAAUGUUCCAAUUCUGAUGUAGCUUGGAAGUGCCCUUCGUUGGUGAGUGGGUGGCGAAUUGGGGGUGAUAUCAGCGAUUGUCAGUGCUUUGACUGA